CAGAGCAGAACGCUUCCAAUGCACAUUGAAAUUGGAGGUGAAUUUUCAACCGUGACACAAUUCCAGCAUUUUCUAUUCGAUUUCGAAUGCAUACCAUUCGCAAAAAUGCUCUUUAGACCAAGAGUUAAAAUUUUCAUCGCUUUGCUUAUUUUUUUGAAUGCUCAACAACCGUGCAGCGCACAAGAUGGAGAAACUGAUUAUGCAUCACAAACCGAAGCAACAGCUGACGCACCUGCAGAAGAAGCACCAGUAGAUGAUGCUGCUUCAUCAACCGAUACAGCCCUUGCAGAUGGAGGCGAUUCAACCUCAGGAGACGAUGCUCCAGCAGCAGAAGAACCCGCCACAACUGACGAAGGUGCCCCUGCAGAAGAGAGUGGAGGAAAUACCGAUCCACCCGGAAAUUUGCUUGGUGCAGUUGGUCCUGGAGAUACUGGCACCACUCCGCCACCAAGCAGUAGUACUAAGCCCAGCUCAAAACCUAAUAACAAUCGCAGACCGCAAGAUUUCGCUAAAAAAUUUUGGAAAGGAUCUAAGAAACUGGGGAAAUUGACAUCAACGAAGAAACCCAAAGCAAAUAAGGCGGCGACAACAAAGCGACCAGCAAGGAAAAUUCAAGUACCAGCUGGAAUUGGUGGCAUUCCCAAUGUCAGAAUCAGAUUCAGUAAUCGCAAGACAAACAAAAGGCAGAAUAAUAAUGGACAGAAAUAUGUUGUGAUAUCUGCCAGAUCCCAGAAUGGCACCAGAACCACCACUUCUACAAGUAGUAAACCCAAGUGAUGUUUGGCUGUUUUGCAUAAAACAAGAUCGUGGGAUGAGAAGAAUUCUUUAGUAAGAAUGUAUCAAUCGGGGAUUUUUUCCAUGAUUAAAAUUAAAAUAGAAUCGGCACC